AUGGAGUUGAAAGAAACGUUAACCCUUAUUUACGAUGUUCUACUAUUUGUGAUUAUGUCAAUAUUUUAUAUAUCCGAAACAAUAAUAUUCACAUUCAUCCCUAAACGUUAUCGCGAAAAAUCUAUCAAAGGGAAAAUAGCAUUGGUUACCGGAGGUGCCGGAGGAAUUGGAAAAUUAAUCGUCCAGAAAUUAUCUCAUUUGGGUGCUCACGUUAUUAUAUUGGAUAUUAAUAAAUCAGCACUCGAAGAUACGGUGAAUGAAAUAAGAAACCAAGGUGGAAAAUGUUGGGGAUAUUAUUGCGACAUUUCUGAUCGAGGGGAAAUAUAUAGAAUUGCGAAAUCAAUUAAAAUUGAGAUUGGUAAUGUAUUUUUAUUGGUAAAUAACGCUGGUUAUGUAUACGGCAAAACACUUUUGGAUGUACCAGACGAAGAAAUCGAGCGUACAUUCAAAAUAAACAUAUUAGCGCAUUAUUGGACGAUCAAAAUGUUUUUAAAAGAUAUGAUGAAAGAAAAUUAUGGACACAUUGUAACUAUAGCGAGUGCUGCUGGUCUAUUAGGAACUUACAAUUGCACCGAUUAUUCAGCAACUAAAUUUGCUGCCAUUGGAUUCCACGAAAGUCUUUUUUCGGAACUCAGGGCUCAUGGAUACGAAGGAAUUCAUUUGACACUAGUUUGUCCUUAUUUGAUUAACACAAAAAUGUUUGACGGAGUUAAACCAAGACUUAUGAAAAUGCUCGAACCAGAGUAUGUUGCGGAAGAAGUUAUAACAGGAAUUUUAUUGAAUAAAGUAAAUGUUACGUUACCUAAUAGUGUCAGACUUCUUUUGCCACUUAAAUGUUUAUUACCUGCAAAAAUGUGCUGGGAUUUAAUGUAUCGUAUAAUACAUGGACCACAAAUGAUGAUGAUGCUUAAGGGACGAGAAAAUACAGCGAUGCUUCAAGAUAAUAAUAAUAUUACUGAAAAGACUGAAAAAAUACACCUACAGUAAUUAUAUCCAAAAAUAUACUCCA